AUGCUUUGGCUCUCUUGGUUGACGUUAGCCACGGCGGUGGUGGCGUGGUCGCCCACCAACAGUUACGCCCCGGGCAAAAUGGACUGUCCCACCUCGAAGGACAUCAUCCGUGAAGCCAACCAGCUCCGGCCCGACGAGGCGGACUGGGUCUCCGAAAGACACAAGAACACCGACCAAGAGCUCUUGGAGUUCUUGAAGCGCGCCAACAUGUCCGACUUCGACCCCGAGGACUUUUUGAAAAACAAGGCCAACCGGUCGUUGACCAUCGGUCUUGCGUUCUCCGGUGGGGGUUACCGGGCCAUGCUUGCUGGCGCCGGCGAGUUGCUGGCGUUGGACAGCCGCACCACCAACGCUAAUGACAAGGGGUUGGGGGGCUUGUUGCAGCUGGCCACCUACAUCACCGGUUUAUCCGGGGGUAACUGGAUGGUGGGGUCGUUGGUGCUCAACAACUGGACGUCGGUGCAAGACAUCGUCGACAACAAGAAGCAGAUCUGGGACAUCUCCCACUCCAUCAUCAACAUCGGCGGCUGGAACCCCAUCAAAAUGACCAAGUACUUCACCUCGCUCAACCUGGACCUCGACGACAAGGAAAACGCCGGCUUCAACACCUCGUUCACCGACGUGUGGGGGCGUGCGCUCUCGUGGCAAUUCUUUGACGAUGACGACCACGGUGCUGCCGUCACCUGGUCGGGCAUCCAGGACCUGGACCCGUUCAAGAACCACGAAAUGCCUUUCCCCAUCGUCGUCGCCGACGGCAGAACCCCCGGCACCUACAUCAUCUCGGAAAACUCGACCGUGUUCGAAUUCUCUCCUUACGAAUUGGGGUCGUGGGACCCUUCGCUUUACCAGUUCGUCGACGUUAAGUACUUGGGUUCCAACACCACCAACGGUUCCAUCGAGGGCGACUGUAUUGGCGGCUUCGAUAACGGUGGGUUCGUCAUGGGGACCUCGUCGUCGUUGUUCAACCAGUUUAUCCUUCAGCUCAACACCACUGAUCUUCCCGACAUCGUCAAGCUGAUCGCCAACAAGUACUUGCUGAAGUGGUCGAGAAAGGACGAAGACAUUGCCGUGUACAGCCCCAACCCUUUCUACAAGACCAACAAGGGUACCGUGGGUUCGAUUGCCCAGAACGAAACUCUUUACCUCUGUGACGGGGGUGAAGAUGGUCAAAACGUCCCCUUGCACCCGUUGAUCCAACCUCAAAGAAAGCUCGACGUUAUCUUUGCUUACGACAACUCGGCUGACACCAACGACCUGUGGCCCGAUGGGACGUCGUUGAUCAAGACCUACCAAAGAAUGAACUCCUCGCAAGGUAACGGGACCGUGUUCCCCCCCGUGCCCGACGCCAAGUCGUUCAUCAACUUGAACUUGACUGCUCGUCCCGCUUUCUUCGGCUGUGACGCCAAGAACUUGUCCAACUUGUUCACCAACAACAAGCAACCCAACUAUACCGAGACCGACGUGCCCCUCAUUGUCUACACCGCCAACCGUCCCUUCUCGUUCUCGUCGAACACCUCGACCUUUGACUUGAAGUACGACGUCGACAAGCGGAACUCGAUGAUCCGGAACGGGUUCGAAGUUGCCUCGCGUAACAACUUGACCUUGGACUCGGAAUGGCCCGCCUGUGUCGGUUGUGCCAUCAUUCGUCGUGAACAAGAAAGACAAGGCAUCGAACAAUCGGAACAGUGUAAGAAGUGUUUCGAGCAAUACUGCUGGAACGGAUCGUUCGAUGAUAAGGAACCCGACCAAUACUUCUCGCCCACCGGUACCACCAACGAAGCCAGCUCGGCCCAACCCACUAAGCCUAAAAAGGGUGCCGCCGCUGCUCUCGCCAACCCCUUGGACACUCUCCUCUGGGCGGUGAUGGGUGUUGCCCUCUGGUGGUUGUAA